ACCAGGGGGCUGCCCUCGUGGGGGGUCUGGCCCUACCCAAGGGGUGCAGGAGAAAGUCACGGGCUCCCCAAGGAAGAUGAGCAGCUCUUUCAAGCAGGGCUUGCUCAAGAGCUCCACAUCGGGGUCGCAGAAGGGGCAGAAGGCGUGGAUCGAGAAGACCUUCUGCCGGCGGGAGUGUGUCUUCGUCGUGCCCAGCACCAAGGACCCCAGCAGGUGUUGCUGUGGCCAGCUCAUCGCCCUGCAUAUCCCGCCUCUGCCCAGCAUAACAUCCGGCAAAAAUGGGGAGGAGAGCAAAGAGCUGGAGACGCCGCCGGAGAAAUGGUCUGUGGGCAGACACACCCAGGGCUACCCGACCGACGCCUACGGGACGCUGGAGUUCCAGGGCGGCGGAUACUGCAACAAAGCCAUGUACAUCCGCGUGUCCUACGACACCAAGCCGGACGCGCUGCUGCACCUGAUGGUGAAGGACUGGCAGCUGGAACUCCCCAAGCUCCUCAUCUCCGUGCACGGCGGCCUCCAGAGCUUCCAGAUGCAGCCCAAGCUGAAGCAGGUGUUCGGCAAGGGCCUGGUCAAGGCCGCCGUGACCACGGGCGCCUGGAUCUUCACGGGGGGCGUCAGCACGGGGGUCAUCAGCCACGUCGGGGACGCCCUGAAGGACCACUCCUCCAAGUCCCGGGGCCGGGUCUGCGCCAUCGGCAUCGCCCCCUGGGGCCUCGUGGAGAACAAGGAAGACCUGAUCGGGAAGGACGUGACGAGACCCUACCAGACCAUGUCCAACCCGCUCAGCAAGCUGUCCGUGCUCAACAGCGCCCACACGCACUUCAUCCUGGCCGACAACGGCACGCUGGGCCGCUACGGCGCCGAGGUGAAGCUCCGGCGGCAGCUGGAGAAGCACAUCUCCCUGCAGAAGAUCAACACACGGUUGGGCCAGGGGGUGCCCGUCGUGGGCCUGGUGGUGGAGGGCGGCCCCAACGUCUUCUCCGUCGUCCUGGAGUACCUCCGCGAGGAGCCGCCGGUCCCCGUGGUGGUCUGUGACGGCAGCGGGCGGGCCUCGGACAUUCUGUCCUUCGCGCACAAAUACUGUGAGGAAGGAGGGGUCAUUGGCGAACCGCUCCGGGACCAGCUGCUGGUCACCAUCCAGAAGACCUUUAACUACGGCAGGACGCAGGCGCUGCAGCUGCUGGCGGCCGUCGCGGAGUGCAUGAGGAAGAGGGACCUCGUCACGGUGUUUCGGAUGGGAGCCGAGGGCCAGCAGGACAUGGAGAUGGCGAUUCUGACUGCCCUGCUGAAAGGAACCAACGCGUCCGCCCCGGACCAGCUGAGCCUGGCGCUGGCUUGGAACCGCGUGGACAUAGCACGGAGCCAGAUCUUUGUCUUCGGGCCCCACUGGCCGCCCCUGGGGAGCCUGGCCCCCCCAACGGACAGCAAGGCCACCGAGAGGGAGAAGAAGCCGCCCACGGCCACCACCAAGGGCCGAGGGAAAGGGAAAGGCAAGCGGAAGGGGAAGGGGAAGGAGGAGGGGGAGGAGGAGACCGACCCCCGCAAGAUCGAGCUGCUGAACUGGGUGAACGCGCUGGAGCAGGCCAUGCUGGACGCCCUGGUCCUGGACCGCGUGGACUUCGUGAAGCUGCUGAUCGAGAACGGGGUCAACAUGCAGCACUUCCUCACCAUCCCGCGGCUGGAGGAGCUCUACAACACGAGACUCGGGCCGCCCAACACGCUCCACCUGCUGGUCAGGGACGUCAAGAAGGGCAACCUGCCGCCCGAUUACCACAUCAGCCUCAUCGACAUCGGGCUGGUGCUGGAGUACCUCAUGGGGGGCGCCUACCGCUGCCACUACACCCGCAAGAGCUUCCGGACCCUGUACAGCAACCUGUUCGGGCCCAAGCGGCCGAAAGCUCUUAAACUCCUGGGAAUGGAAGUAAGUCGGUUUGUGUUCAACCGUUCACGACAGUUCGGUCAAAUACCUGUGCCAUCUUCGUUUUGUGUUGUUUAACAUAAAAUUGAACGAAUUUGUUUAAUUUCUAUUUUUGUUUAAAUUUACUGAUUUCCGAGAGGAAGGGAGA